AUGGGGGUGCAGGGUGUUUACCCCAAGAUACAGGGUGUCACAGCUACCUACGCCAACAGAAGGGCUUCUUCCAUCGAGAUAGCACUGUCUACACUGGAGGUUAGGGGACACUGCUGCUUAAUUCUGGACAGAAUCAGAACUGAUAGGACUCUCUCGGAUGCAGAAAGAAAAGGCAUUAAUGGAAGUGUAAAACUGGAGACUGGACUUGCCAAUACAAUAACAAGCUUUAUAGAUAAAGGACAAGAUGACCGAGCUCCAGCCAUAAGAAAACAAAAAUAUGUUUUUGACAUCAGUGCAUUAGAAAAAGAUGGUUUGUUGGGGGCAGAGCUGCGGAUAUUAAGGAAAAAGCCCUCUGAGACCUGGAAGCCUCAUUCUCCUGGGAAAACUUCCCAAGUGAAAUUGUUCAGUUGCCCCACAAACAGACAAGCAGCAACUCUCCUGGACUCUCGCACUGUCAGCAUUGCAGAUACACCAAAAUGGGAAGUAUUUGACAUUUGGAAACUUUUUAGGAAUUUUAAAAACUCAGCUAACUUGUGUUUCGAACUCGAAGCUUUCGAUAGGGGGAGAGCUAUUGAUCUAAGGAGUAUGGGAUUGAACAGAACAGGGAGGCAGGUCAAUGAAAAGGCUCUCUUCUUGGUAUUUGGGAGGACAAAAAAAAGGGACCUGUUUUUCAAUGAAAUCAAGGCGAGAUCAGGCCAAGAUGACAAAACUGUUUAUGAAUACUUAUUCAAUCAGCGGAGGAAGAGAAGAGCUCCUUUAGCAACGAGGCAGGGGAAGAGGCCCAACAAGAACCUGAAGGCAAGGUGUAGUAAAAAAGCUCUCCAUGUGAAUUUUAAGGACAUGGGCUGGGAUGACUGGAUAAUAGCCCCUCUGGAAUAUGAAGCUUAUCACUGUGAAGGGCUUUGUGAAUUUCCUCUUCGAUCUCAUUUAGAACCCACCAAUCAUGCAGUUAUCCAAACGUUAAUGAACUCAAUGGACCCAGAAUCGACUCCUCCAACUUGCUGUGUUCCAACUAGACUGAGUCCUAUUAGCAUUCUCUUUAUAGACUCGGCAAAUAAUGUGGUCUACAAACAAUAUGAAGACAUGGUAGUGGAGUCGUGUGGUUGUAGGUAGCAGCACAAUCCCUCACAUUAAUACAUUAACAAAGAUAA